ACACUAGAAAAUGCCUCCUUAAGGCAAAGGCUUCGCUUUUGCUGUCAACAACAGUGACAUAACCGUUUGACAGACAAAUGUUAACUCACAUACAUAAAACGUACAAAAACACACUCAUGUUAAACCUUUGCCGUACAAUAACUAAGAACAAAUAAUUUAUUUCGGGAAAAAUUCUCAGUUAUUUUCUGUAAAAAAGCAACAAAAAGCCAAAAGUUGAGACUGAAGACGCCAUUUUUUAGCAUGCAAGCCAUGCAAAAACAACAAAUACAACAAAAUGUCACUAUACGAUGCUUCUAACAGUGUCCCAAAUAGUAAUAACAACAAAUUGGAACAACAACCACAACAACAUAGUUCAAGUGAGCAUUUAAAGGUGCCUCUGAGCGUUAUUCCAGAACAUAAGAUAUUGGAUGACUACGAACUGAACUUUGCCGCCCCCCUGACCAAUGGAAAUGGCCAACUCAAUAGUACGCUCGACGUGGACGUUGAAGGGAGCUCAUCCAGCCAUUCGCUGGCCGCUAAGAGCGACUCCUGCAGUUCUCUCUGGUCGACUACGUCUAUAAAUUCAGUCUCGUCCAGCUCCACUGCAGCAGCAACAUGUGCCAAAACAAUAAGCCAAAAGCCGUCCAAUGCCAGUAAACAUUUCGAGAACACUUACAAGUUGCUGGGCAAGCAUUUAGAGUCCAAUUGCCAGCGUGCCGCGGACAAGCUACAGCACUUGGCUAAUAGUGGCGAAGGAGGUGGAGAUGCCGAUAGUUUAACGAGCUCCUUUGCCUCCAUGUCGGCGAUAGUGAAUGGCACGGAGCCGCCACCUACGCGCCUUGAACUCGAGCUAGAGGCGGUGGAACGCAUGCGUACCAUUGUCCGGCAAAUGAGGACAGCAGCGAGCAGUGCCACCGACAACAACAGUCCGUCAACAGUGUCCGCACCCAUGUUGGCCCUCCUGCAUGACUUCGCGGCCAAAGGCCAGCCAAAGUGCAUCGACAGCACGCCGGCCACUCCCGCGCCAAGUCCCAGUGUGGGUCCCAUGAACGAGCAGCCGCCCUGCUUCGACCUGCCUGCUGAAUUGCUGCAGGCAGCCACCUCCAGGGAGCUCAUGUACUAUGCUGCCAAAAAUGUCGAUGGCCAAAAUUGUUUAAAGGUUGUGCGCAGUCUGCUGACUAACAAAGUUCUAUGCGGUAAUCGUGUUAGCCAGAUGACUCGUGCAUACGAUGACAUUGAAGCCGUGACGCGACUGCUCGAAGAGAAGGAGAAGGAUCUGGAGUUGACGGUGCAGAUCGGCAAGGAGUUGCUCACACAGAAUAAUGCGCUCGAAGCGCGUGUCAGUGACCUGGAAGCAGAUCUCAAAUCGUCCAACGAUGAUCGGGCCCAAUUGGUUCACGAGCUCCACAAAAAGAACGAACUAAUAGCGGUGUUAACAAACGAUGCGGAUGACGGCACAGAUGCGGAUACGCCCACCAUGUCGAAAUCAAUAACAUUGGAUCUGUUACAAAAGAAGGUGAAUGCACUGCUGGAUGAGAAUCGUUCUCUAAAGUCUGAGGCGACACAAUUGGCGCACGAGACGGACGAAGUGGAGGAACACGAACGUCGGCUGAUGGCAGACAUAAGUGCCCAACUAAACGAUGCCAACUCACAGUACGACAAUCUCAAUCUGGAGCUGGAGCGACAGCGUGAAGAGAAUCGGCUCCAGCACGAGCAGAUAGUCAGUCUGACGGCACGCCUAGCGGAGGCAGAGAUGCGACUUCAUCAGCUAACGCAGGACAAUGAUGAGCACCUGUCGCUGCUGAAUGUGACGAAGGAGAACCAGAAUGCGCUUGCCCUGGAGCUAGUGGAGUUCAAGCAGCGCUACGAGGAGGUGCUCGCCCUGCUGCAUUCGGCUCAGGAUCAGCUGAAGCAGCAGCGCAAGCGUUCGCAGCCGCAGGCGCGCAGCUCCUUCUUGGGCGGGCUCGGCACCAGUGGCGUUGGCUGCAACAUGAUGGGUGGCCUGCUGCAGCCGGAGUCACUGCAGUCUGAGCUAAUGGAGUCCUCGUUGUACUCUGAGAACAGUCUGGACUCCGGCAUAUCAGGUGAUAGCCAACGAGCUGCGGAUCGCAUAAGUCGCAUGAUGUCACAGUUGCCGGCGGGCGCCGCUGGCAUGGCUGGUGCCUUCGGAGGCAGUAGCAUCUACGGCCAGGCUGGAGGCAUCGGCCAAGUGCCGCCCUAUCAGCGCGUCUUCGAUACGGUGCGCUGUGCCGGCAAGAGUGGCAACUACAUGGACAGCGGCAAUGUGUCAAUGACCCAAUUGGGAGCUAUGUCGAUGAGCAGUGCCUCCGGACCGCGCAUGGCAUCCAUGUCCUACCCGGCGGGCUCGUAUUAUCGCGGUGCCAGUGGCGGAAGCAGCAACUCCCUCGGCCUCAAGACGUUCUCCCAAGAAAGCCUCAACUCGCAGUCGGACGAUGGCUAUCCGGCACAGCCAUCGGGCGUGCCCGGCGCACCUGGUGCCAAGGAGCUAGAAGCGGCGCUGAAGCGACUCACGCCCGCCGAGGUUCUGGCACGUCGUGCCAUGCUUUCCUACGCGCCAGUCGGCACCUACAACUAUGAUGAGCCGCAUGCACAGAAACCGCAUGGUGGAGCGGGGGAUAACCUACCUGUAGGCGUGCGUACACCAGACAGCAUUAUGUCCACCGGUUCCUCCGGUAUGUCAGCCUCUUCGGCCCAUAUGUCAGCCUCCAUGUCGCAUCAGUGGCGUCUUCCAGAGAAGUUGCAAAUUAUCAAGCCCAUGGAGGGCUCUCAGACGCUUCAUCACUGGUCGCGCCUCGCCACGCCCACGCUCAGUGGUCUUUUGGACGAGCGUCCCGGUGUAACCAUACGUGGUGGGCGCGGGCUGGAUGAUCUGGGCAUGCAGGUCUAUACGCUAUCCGAUGUAGAGGAGGAUGUCAGUGAGGAUUUGCCGGGCAAACAGUUUGAAACCGCCGGUUCAACUUAUACAUACACAACGAGCGUGGUAAUGCAUCCGGACGACGGAUUCGUAAAUGAUUUGUCGUUCCUCUCGCAAUCGCAAAUGUCCUCGCGAAUGGCGUCCACAUCGACAUCCAGACAGCCCAGUUGUCCUGCCACCCCACGUGCCGGUCUAUCGCGCAAAAACUCCUGCUCCACGUUCUCCGUAAAUUUAGGACUAGCUUCCAUGUUGAACGAGCGUGGCAUUAAGGCGGUAACGCCAAGUGCCUUGAAUACGCCCGCAGGACCAAACUACUCACCUACAGUGACGCCCUGCAAUAGUCCCGAGGGUUCACCGCCACGCGCUGAAUCUCCGGAACCGCUCUUCGCCCUACUCUCCUCCGGAGCGGAUUUGAUACGACGCAAACUGGUGGGCAGUCCCUCCUCGGAGGGACACCUUCAACGAACUCUGAACAAACAGCAACAACAGAAGGUAAUGCUGUCCCGGCUGGAGCGACGAGCACUGCGGUCCCUUAAACUGGUGGAGAAGGUGGAGAGCAUUGGACUGGAGAACAUAAUCACAACGCAACCGGGAUUGGGCUCUGGAAUUGCUAAUCGCAGCAGCUCCCCUCUCUCGCUAGCAGGAAGUAGUGGUGGCGGCAGCCUGAGGAGCCUCCAUACGAGCAGUAAUAGCAUUGUGGAUGAUAUACACUUCGAUCGCGCCCAAAUCAAGGGUGUUCUGCACAAAGGCUUGAAUUCGCCGUCGCAAUCGAAGGCGAUUGGGAAGCCAAAGGCGAAGGUGGCUCCCUCCCAAUGCAGUAGCACGAGUGCCUACAACAGCGAUGAUAGCGACGAUCAGGGCAUUGUGAUGAAGCCAACCACAACGAAGCCACAUACAGCGCCAGUGGCAGCACCAGCCGCAGGAGUUGGAGGAACAGCAGCUGCGGCAUCGGCCAGCGAGACACGCUUAAAGCAAAUGCAACGACAGAAAUCGCGACGAAAUCUUAAGAACGGCAUGGCGGCACAGCGACCCGAUUUGGGUACUAUAGGGGGUGGCCGUGUGCGUCCAGAUCUGGGCAAAGUGGAAGGUGCUGACAAUAAUUUGGUGGUGGCGGCGGCGGCGGCCAAGACGGCAACAGGAGCAGCCAAGAACAAUGACGAUAAUAAGGCGGCGGCGUCGCAAAGCAUUACGCAAGCAUUUGUAGGCUCUGUUAGUUCUCUGUUAUUUGGCCGCAAAGGUGGCUGGCUGUAAAGGUUAACAGAGGUAAAGAAAUAGAGACACGAAGACGACGCUCUUAUUGAUUCGCACAGUAGUAGUGUGGUUGCAGCGAAAAAGUGACUAUAAUUUAAUUUUAAAUGAUUUACGAUGCAGUUAUAUUUUUAUUUAGUUUAUUAUAUUUAUCACAAUAACAACAACAAUAAGUUAAAAGAUAAACCACAAAUGUUUCUAUUUAGAAUGUAAAGAAACAAAAUCACGCCUGUUGCCGUUUUUUUUUUUUUUUUUGCUGCACUCGCCGCCACCAUAUUUUUGAUAGAUGAUCAAUUUAAUUAAACGUCGUUUAAACGAUGUGCAACAGUUUGCCCACAAAAAACCUAAAUACACAUAAUUUUAGUGCUACCAUCGCAUGUGUUUGUAGCUGUGAUUUGUAAAUAAUUAUAGUAAAAUGUUAAUCUUUAGUAACUAUUAUUAAUCAAUAAUGCACGUUGAUCAUUGAAGAAGAGGAAAUGGUGGUAAAAAUAUCUAUAAGAGCGAGAGCAGCAGAAAAGCAAACACAACUAUACGAUCGAUGCUUUCCCGGUCAGUUUAAAAACAGUUCCAAAGCAGCUAUUUUUUCUUUGAAUAUUAUAUAUUUUAUUUUAUAUAUUAUAGAUUACGAUAUGUAACUUUACUUUGCCAAUUUGUAUUUAUCUCAUGUGUGUUUACUUAAACGAACGGAAUGUAGUCGAAACGAAACAUUUUAUUAUUUUGAUAGUUGCUUAGUGCAAACGAGAAUAGAAAAGCGAAGAAAUAUAUUUGUAUAUAGAGGAAUGUUAUAUAUUUUUGUAUACACACAUAAACAUGUACGUAUUAUUUAACUGAUAUUUUGUGCUAAAAAAUGUAAUCUUUUGCUGCCCCGCUUUACCUCGGUGCUUUUACUAAACGCUACAAUUAAACUUCCAAUGUUCUUAGUUCUCGGAAAUUUCUAAAAACUUCGCUUAACUGGCUAUUCGAUGCGCUCGUUUGGCUAUGCGAGUUAUAUUUAAGUACAAUUAAAUUAAAAUGUUUGCAUAGCUACAAAAUAGAGCGCAGCAAAUGUAUUUCGUUAUUGUUAUUUAAAACUUCGCUGCAAUGCUUUUGCAUUGCCUGUUGAUUAACAGCCGACUCACAUGUUAUUUCACACUCUUCACAGCUAGCUUUAAUGCCAACACAUACUCGCUGAGAGCAUGAAACGAACAUACUACUGUAAAGCAAUCUUUUGUUUGAGCUUGUAAUUAUUCGCCUUAAAACUAAAUUACGAAAUUAACGAAAAAUAUCAUUAACAUACAGUUGAAUCAAGAAACAAUAUACGAUACAUCUGAAAUUGGUCCCAACUUUGUUUUUAUUUUUAAAUUUCUUACAAAAGUGUGUCCUCAAUAAACACAAAUUUACGACAUUUAGGACAACAAAAACGUAAAAGGCACGUAAACAAUUUUAGUUGUAAUUAUCGAUAUAUUUAUUUAUUAUACAUGCAGAAGACGGCCAACUUUUGUGUAUUAUUUAUUUAUACAAACAAUUCAAAUAAGGCUGUCGAUGGAAAGAAAAAGCAAAGUAAACAAACAAAUAAAAUUACUUGUUGGCGAUGAAAUAUUACGAUGGAUGUCCUUCUUGAAGGACCUGACGGCUCGUCACAACCAUUGUCCUGUCAUUUUCGUGUAGACAUGUUUUAUUUCCUAUAUUUAAUUUGUCUAUGUAAUUAAAUUACAUGCGUAGAGUUAUUCAUUUAUUAAAUAUGUAAAUAAAAGAAAAUAAAAAUGCGUAAAAAUAAA